AUGCCUUCGUGGGCGCCGCUGACCGAGGAGCAGCUCCAGCAGCGUCGAAUUGUCAAUGUCAACGCCGAGACCGUCACCGACACCGCCUCCACCGAUAUUCCCGGCCACUAUGGUCCUGCGCAAGACGACUCAUGGAAUCUCGAACAGUUCCGAUGGAAUUUGAAGGUCGAGUUCCACCAUAACAAGCCCUAUGAUGCUGCUUUCUCUCUCGUCGGUGUCGACGCCAGCAUAGCGAAUUCCUUUCGAAGAAUCUUGCUCUCAGAACUCCCCACCCUCGCGAUCGAGGACGUUUUCUUCUUCGACAACACAAGCAUCAUACAAGAUGAGGUACUGGCGCAUAGACUGGGGUUGAUACCUUUGACGGGAGGGUACGAGGGGCUGCGGUGGAUGCAUUGGUACAAGAAGCCACCACCAAAAGACGACUACGCCGCACAAGCAGCAUGGGAAGCAGAGCAAGAAGCAGGCGAGGCAAGCGCUGGCGCCAGUGUGCCCAACGACUAUAACACGGUGGUCAUGAACUUGAAGGUGGAGUGCCGGUGGGCCACUGAGGAGGAAGAUGGACGAGACGGUCGACAGCUGGCCAAAGAGGGAAGCACGGAUCCGAACGAGAGAUAUGUCAACAGCAAUGUGUACGCACAUCAGCUAGUUUUCGAGCCACAAGGAGACCAUCAGCCCAAGCUGUUUGCAGGAGAGAACAAGAUACGGCCGGUCAACCCAGACAUUCUCAUUGCGAAACUCAGACCCGGCCAACGGAUACACGUUCGAUUACACUGCAUCAAGGGCAUUGGCGCAGAUCACGCCAAAUUCUCGCCUGUUGCAACUGCUUCAUAUCGACUAUUGCCAGACAUCAAGAUCACAAAACCCAUAACUGGCGCAGAUGCGAAAGCAUUCCAGAAAUGCUUUCCAAGAGGCGUAAUCGGUCUCGAGGAUGAUGCAGAAAGUGGCGAGAAGAAGGCUGUCGUGGUCGACCCAUUCAAGGACACCGUCAGCAGAGAAUGCUUACGAUACGAUGAAUUCAAGGACAAGGUGAAGCUGGGUCGGAUAAGAGACCACUUCAUCUUCAGCGUGGAAAGCACCGGCCAAUUCGAAAGCCACGAGCUGUUCAUUGAUAGCGUGCGGCUACUCAAAGCAAAGGCGGAGCGAUUCAAGCGACAUCUGAGCGAGCUGGAGGAGGGACGUUGA